AUGAUUCUGAGUAUGGAAGUGUUUACGUAUGAGCAGUGUUUGCUGGAUCUGGGCCUGCACUCACUGGAGGAUUUACGCCUGGACAACAACACGUUGGAUGAAAAAGAUGUGAUAUCAUUAACGUACAUCACAGUGACUGGCUGUGCAAUCUCUGCUGUCUUCUCAGCCAUCACAGUAUUCCUUUACUGUGCAAUGAGGAAAAAUAAAGGUGAUCAUACCACCCAGAUCCACAUUAACCUCUGCAUUGCUUGCUUUCUACUGAAUACGAGUUUCCUGACCAAUGAGUGGAUUAGUAAGUUGAUGGUUGAUGGUCUCUGUAAGACGAUCGCUGUGUUCCUUCACUAUUCAUUAUUGUGCACUUUAACAUGGAUGGCAAUUGAAGGACUUCAUCUCUACUUGAUGCUGAUCAAAGUGUUCAACAUCUAUGUCAAACUCUACAUACAAAAACUGGCUUUGAUGAGUUGGGGCAUCCCUGCUGUGGUGGUGUCUUUGUGCAUUGCAGUGGACAAGAACAAUUAUGGACGGUUUCAAAUCAAAACGCAGGACAUUCACAGCUCUGUUUCCAUGUACAGGGGCAAUGGUGGAUGUUUCGAAGCAGGAGGGCACUCUACACUGGGAGAGGGAGAGAGUAAAGAUGUCUGGAAACACACUUGCCAGUUGGGCCGUGCACAUCCUGUGUACUCGCUCUGGGAUGCCGACUGGUCCCGCAGCCUUGCGACUGUCCACUCGUUGGAAGCACCCGUGUACUUUGGCUUCAGUGAUGAUCAAGCUGCCAGUCGCAUCAUAGGUUUCACUCUCCCGGCCUAA